ACGAGAAAACUAAAAUACAAUUUCCUUAUUUCGUUGCUGUAGCUGGAAAACUGAGCUAAUAUUUUAGUUUAGCUGACGUGAAGGAAAAUGAGUGUUCGAACAUAUAAUCCAUCGGUUCGGGUUGGUAACUGGAAUGAGGAUAUUUGUUUGGAAGAAGAUCUUCUGAAAGAUUUUCUUGGCAAAAAGGAAAAAGGAGAACUUCUGAUACAAAAGUCCCACAACCUAAUGCAUAACAUAUUGAAAAAGAGUGAACUGACAGUUACCACGGAUGGAUUUGUUCACUUUGGUGACGUUGUUAUGCUCGUCAACCCUGGCCAAGAAACGGUUCCUUUAUCUUUGCAACAGAUAGAGCCCCCCCGUCCCGCUACAUCACUGUCAAUCAACAUAGAUGAGCACAAGAUGCACACGGCAUGCCAGGUUGAAGGCCCGUGUAAUGUUUCUGCAUCAAAAAUGUUAAAUCCAUCAGCCAGGAAUUCAUUUGUUAUUACAAGUGUUGACGGAAGUGAAAAUGGAUCUCCAUUAAAGUUUGGUCAACCAUUUGCCAUUUCUACCACUGGAGGGUAUGCUGGGAAUUUAAAACUCUUCAGCGACCACGCUCGUUUCAACCUCAGUGCAAAGAAAUCUCGUCAGCAAAUUGUUCAACUUGUGGAUGAAGUAAACUACUUAUCAACGUGGCAGGUGUUGGCUUACCAUCCUCAGCAUAGACUUGAAUUUGAAGGCCGUCCCGUUCCAGGGAAUUGCAAAAUAGUUGUUUCGCACAACAAGACUGGACAAGCGUUGUCUACUCCUGAUGAAUGUGGGCUAAAAACUCCAUUCGGAAGAGAAUUCGAAGUAUCAGCGCAUACUGUUCUUGAUACUCACAAAGCUGAGAAGGAUAACAAUCACUGGGUGUUUGUAUCUGGAAACCCCAGUGAUGAUGUCACAACACAUUUUGACAGACCUGAACCUCAGCCAAGUGGAGCACCAAAGUCAGCAGAAGAACCAACAUCAGAAGAUAAACCAUCCACGACCUAAAUCUACUUGCUCAUUAUGUUUUUAUGUAGAUUUUGUACACGUAUUUUUACAGAAUGCAAACGUCCACACAGCACUUUAAAUAAAACGAUCGCAAACUGA